UGCUCAGACAGUAGCAGAAGAAACUCAUAGCAGAUGAGACAGUGGAGUGGGGUGGGAUGUGCGAUCUGAGAUAGAGAGAGGGACAGGUGAGACAUUCCAGGACAGAGUGACAGAGCCGUUUGUGGGAUUGUAUCCGCACUGAGAUGACUGGAAUUGGAACCCCAGUCCCCCGCCUCCUGUUCCUUCUUCUAAUCAGCCUACUUCCCGUAGUUUCCUCUAAAGAGCCCUGCGUUCCUUCAGUGAUUGCUAAGAGAUCCUUCACAUCAAUCCCAGUAGGGGGCGCUCUCUCCCUGAACUGCUCUGUGCUACACUGUGGUCCAGGGAGCUGGAGUGGAGAGUGGGGCCGGUCUGAUCUGAAUAAUUUCAGCCCUUUGAACCUGAGUGAUGACAGAGUGCAGGUGACUGUGAUUCCAGUAAGAGAGACCCAGACUACACUGCAGCUGACCAUUCAGAACAUGAUGUAUAAUGACUCUGGAGGCUAUCAGUGCAGGGUGAUUGGUACACAGUUAAACACCAGCAACAUGGGACACAUGACUAACGUGACUGUCACAGACUCUCCAGGGCGCAGAUUGCACGUCAGGCUCCUCGUUUGCUUUUCUCCUGUUCUCUCCCUCGGAGUGGGCUGCCUGCUGUGUUGGAGCUGCAGAGCGACCAAAUGCAAAGCUUCAGCUCAAACGACGGACUCUGAAGAGCCAGUCACAGAGUUGGUUUACACAACAGUGAUUCUGCGAGACCCCAGCCACCACCCAGCUAAAGCUCCUCCCCCUUCACAGUCUGAAUAUUCCACCAUUCACUUUCCACAAGGAGGAGGCGGCAGGGAAAGAGCCUGGAACUCGUGAUUGUUAAGAUCGGCCCACCAGCUUUCCGUUUGCAGCUUUGGAACAGAACUUGUGCAGCCACACAGAACCUUUACAAACACUAUUAAUACUCUAUAUACAGUGUGAAUGUAAAUAGUCAAAAGCCAAACACAAAGGAAAGCCCUGUUGAGACCAGAAUUAGGAUGUUGCAUCAUGUAUAGACUGGUCAGGGCUAUCUCCACUGCCUGCAUGAAUCAGCAUUUCAACCUCAGAAUUGCAAUUCACUGUUGCUUUGAUACAGUCUUAUAAAGAAAGUGUGAAAUAAGCUUUAUUGAACCCGAGAUGAAUGCACCUAUGGGACUGGAGUCUCACUUAUGCAUCACUAUAGCUUGAAUAACAGUGAAUGUGAUAAUUAAGAGUAGACUCUCCAAUCUGUACACUGCACAAGUCAUGUAUAAAAAAAUAAAAGAAACUUGUUAUUCAGGGAAAUGUGUUUCACUUCUCCCCCCUAUUAAAGCAGAACCCUGUACUUUCAUUUCC